UACCUUCGGGCCAAUUCGCAACCAUGUUCCAAUCCUUCACCACCGAGGAAUCGACGCCAGAAGCCACAGCUCGUCCGCUCCCGCGCAGUUGAUGAAGCUGCUGAAGAGUCACCCAGCGGCUGCACAAGCGCUAAAAGCACCUCUACUGUUAGUAGCGCUUGUACCAGUGCUAAAAAUCUGAAGAUGAAAAAAUUUCGUUGUGAUGUGCGUUCGCAUCUUCUGAUGUCGUUAUUUGCAAAACAUUUCUGGAAAAUACCAAAAAAAGCGGCGAAAAAACGGCCACUAGGUGUUUCGCUGUCCUGUGAUCUGGACGAACGAGCUGAGUACGCUCGAAAUACGGGUGGUACUAGGUCACCGGGUAAAAACAGGUCACAUUUACAUCUGAACUGCUUGCACUGCCUAAUGGAUGUGUCGUCUAGGGAGCUGCAGAAGCUUUUACUUGCCAAAAAAAUGCAAAAAGCAGCAAUGACCGGAAGGUUGUGGUCAAGCUUCGAUUCGGCUGCUCCUGGUCCUACUGGUACUUCAUUCGAUAGCGCCAGUAGCGAUGCCCAUCAUGCCAGUUUCAACGCCAGCAAGUUAGUUUUUUGUGCAAUUAAGUAA